CUUUUGCAAUGUUAGAUCCACAGUUAAGUUUCACAACAUUCCAAAGACGCUGUUUACGAAGAGUCUUUGAACGCAUCAUCAGCACCAGAGAGACAACAGCCGGAGAGAGAGGAGCGGACGGGAUCUCAAAAUGAACGUGGACGAUGCCAAUUAUGAGUCAGAGUAGCCCCUGCCUGUGGACUCGGCUCCCCCAGAGCAGUCGGUCUCCAUGUAACCGCUUCAAGCACGCCUGCUGCAGCUAUGAUGGAAAUGUCUACGUCCUGGGAGGAAGAGACAACAGCUGUCUGAGGGACUUCUGGAGGUACAGCGUGGUGCAUGACGAGUGGACGGAGUUGAACUGCACCGGUGAAUCUGCACCAGAAGAACUAGAGGAACAUUCUAUGGUGGCUCAUGAGGGUUUCUUGUACGUGUUUGGCGGCAUGCUGGAUUCUGCAUACACCAAGUGGAGAUGUCCCCUGUGGGUGUUUGACAUUGCGAAGCAGAAGUGGGUGCACUGCCAGGGAAAGACGAGCUCCCCUCAGACCCAAAUGCCCACCAACAGAAAGGGCCACAGUGCUGUGGUGGUUGGCUCUGCCAUGCUGCUGUACGGAGGCUUCAUAGACAUGAAAGGAUCCUCGCAGGACUUUUGGAGUUUGGAUUUUGAUACCAUGGCUUGGUCCCUGCUGAAUGAUUCUCAGCAGGGCUCAUUAGGCCCAGGCCCCAGACACAGUCACUCAGCCAUCGCCUACCAGAGCUGCAUGUACCUGUUCGGGGGCCUGAAAGGCUUGCGGGAGCAGAGAGACUUCUGGAGGUGGAAUUCCUCCACCAACAUGUGGAGUUCCCUCAGAAACAAGUCCGGCCCCUCCAGACUCAUGGGUCACUCAGCCGUGGCCUACAAGGACGGUAUGCUCCUUUUCGGGGGAGGCGAGAGCCAGAACUCUCCACAGAACUGCCUGUGGAGGUACAACUUCACCACGCAGACCUGGGGGCAGGUUGCCACACUCCCAGGCACUCCCAACCCCCCCGACAAGAUUCACCACUGCUGUGUGGGGCUGGGUCCCAGCUACAAGUCCAACCCCGGCAGCCCCGACUCCAGCUUGGAACUGCAACCCAGGCUGCUGGAUGGGAGGAUGAGGCCUUUUAAGAACAAGUGCUUCCCCGCCCAGCUCACCUUCCUGGGAUCCGAGGGAGGUAUAGAGCUGGAGACCUUCGGCCCGGACCGGUGCUACGGUCACAAAACACUCACACAAUCCUCAGAACUGGACAACAGCAAAGACGCGUUGACGGGGAAAGAUGCGCUCCGGAUUGGAAACUGUCUGACCUUUGAAAACAAGGCUUUCAGGAAACAGUGGAGCUGCACAGACGAGGACCUCCUGGAUGAGGAGGUCGGGGACGUAGCCCAGAACCUGCCAGAUCUGCUGCUGGUGCUGGGGGGAAGACCCUGCUCCAGACACUGUCCUAUCUCCAUAUGGCAGAUGACUCUGACAGACUCGUAACAGCCUAAAGAACAAACCUUUUCUCUGAAUGAGAAGCAAAGCUCAGUGUUACAUCGUCACCUAACCUUUGUUAGAUUGUAUAUGUUUGAAGAGUUUACUGACACAAAUAUUUUUAUAAUCCUGUUACUUUUGUAACUUGAGUGUUGAUGUUGUUAUGCAUUUAUCACAUACUUCUUAUAUGCAGAAAUAAAUCAUCAGCAGCUGCAGUCAUUAACAACUUCAGUAGUAGUAUCACCUAAAUUACACACGAUGGCGCCAGAGCUCAGCGUUCAGCAGUAUAACACAACCUUUCUGACUGAGUGACAGAUAUUUCAUAUUAUCUUCAACAAUAACAGAACAACAGAAACUGUACAGUGAAAACAAACAGUGAACAAUAACUGCAGGAAGUUUGAGUGAAAUGAUGAAUUUUGAGCAGAUUGUAAAUAUAUAUAUUUUACUGAUAUUUUUAUGAACUUUAUAUAACAUUUUCUGUCUGUAUUAUAUUUGUAACCACUGUUCUAACCUAUGACUGCAGGAAUAAGGCUCAGUUAUUGGUUACUGUUGGGGACAUAUGGGCCACAGUGCCGUAAAUGUUCUGCUGCCAGAAAUACUAAAUUACCCCCUCAAAAAAAUGCACUUCCUGUUGGAGCUUACUGAAAAGUUUGUUGGUUUUCCUCUUUUAAUUUGUUGACAGUUCUAAAAAAUAUAAAAAGAAGCCUUUAUCCUUCAUGCUUGUUAAAGGGACAGUGGUGUCACCUGUGGUGUUAUUUAUCCGUACAGACUGUUUUGCUGUUUGGUUUUGCUUACCAGUCUUGAGCCUGCUGUUGGGUUCAGCCUUUGAAUCGUGACAUAACUCCUUCCAGCUCAUCCUUUUAGCAAGAGAAUAAUUACACUGAGGGAAAUAUUCAAACCCAAGACCUUAAAGCGUUUAUGUCUGCACCGUCUCACCACAGGAGAUUCCGCUGCCCUGUGCAUUGUUUCAGAUCUGCUGGAAUCUAAAAUAAAGUUUGAAUCUUUCUAAAUAAACUCUGACUCUGUUGACAUUGGGUCAUGUAAACCUGAUCUAGGAGAACGUGUGCUCUGUGGGUCCACCUGGAGGAAAGUAAACUAAUCAGCUAUUAUGUAGCAGGCCUCUAAUCCACCGCUGCUGCUGCUGCUUCACCUCGUUUGGCCUAUUUACCCACAUUAUAUUACACACACACACCUGCUCCUGAAAACUACCACAAAUACUUCUACUGUAUGCACACAUAUGGAUCAUAUCAGGCAGUCAUUCAAUUAGUGUUUAGUCUCUUAAAUAAUGCAAAAAUGUAUCUGCGGCACACUACGGAGCCCCUUAAGGGACAGGGGGAGGACAAAAAAAUGGUGCUAUUUUUUGCUU